GACUUGGAUCGCACGCCAAAAGCCACUAGAAGGGCUGCUGAGGAUAUCUUUCGAUCCUGUGAGUACCGGUCGCUCCCUUCUGGGCAUGCGAUGACCUGUUUACUGACGCACUUCCUCAGCUAGUCCUCCCGCACAGCCUAUCCGACAAUGUCCAUCCGAAGAGUGAGCAGCAAUGACCAGAACCCGUUGACGAUGAUCCUUUCUAAUAGUGACAACAGAUACCUAAUCGAAGGCUUCGACAACGACGACAUCUACAUGAUGGUCGAAGACGAAUUCUAUGCCGUCGCGCAAUCCUUCACCAAACAUCUCCACUUCGCAGAAUACGUCCGACAAGCCAAAGAAGCCAAAUCGCAGAACGCAUCUAAAUUCCAGGACCUCGCGCACCCCACGGACGGAGUCACCCCGAUGAGCGACGAAACAAAGAAAAAAGAGGCAGAAAGCCUAGCUGAGAGGCAGAAGAAGGGUCAGGGGAUGUUGGAGAAUGACGAAAGGUCGCGAAGGGAUAAAGAGGAGGGUGACAAUGUGCUUCAGGAUGAUUCUUGGGCGGGGACUUCGCUGUAUGAUCUUAUGAUGAGUCCGAGGAGGUCACGGAAUUUAGUGGGCGCGCAGAGGAUUAAGUCGUCUACGAGGGCAGCUGCUGGGUUUGUGCAGUCGCAGAAUUCGAGCGUUGGUGGAAUAGCUGUUCCUGGCCUGUCAUCAUUGCCGCUUAGUAGCAGGGAACAGGAUCGUCGGGGUUCUAUUCAAGAAACAGCAUCUUCAGAUGACGAUCUGGACGUACAACCGACUACGACAGUCAAGCGAAGAAUCGAGGACAUCAAAACACCAAAGACUGAAAAGUCAACGGAAUCCAUUACACCAACACCGAAGCGUUCUAUAUCGCAUGCACCGAAUAAUUCCAUCAAGCCAAAACCAGAAACGGAACCAAUACCAACACCAACACCGUCUAUCAACACCGCUGGAAACAAAACAAGACCGUCACCGUCACCGCUUAAGCCCAAAUCUAAGGGAAGAAUGCUUUUUGAUGAUUUCGACGGGCUACCAGAGCCCGCAUCCAAUAUUUCCAUGCAAAAACAAGAAAGAGAGUCGUCGUCGUCGAUAGAAAAGAAUGCAAGUGGAUGUGAGAGCAAGAAAAAGUCGCGACUGAAUGAAGUGCCGACGUUCGUGCUGUGAGCUGCUGCGGAGUGAAGGUCGCAGACCUUCUGCUCAUGUUUAUUGUAAUUCGUCGACCGCGUGGAACACCAAUUAGAGGUCAUCAUUCGAUCGAGAGAGCCGGCCGCUCAUCCGCCGAACGUGGUGCCUGAACUUCUCUCGUGCGGAUGGGAGAUCGAUAGUCUUCAUCGCACUGUCAUUGUCCGAGCCAAGA